AUGAACAACAAUUCGGCUUCUUUUAAGAGCAUUCUCGCCGGAGUUCAAAAACUUCGCGAUGCUCAUAGCACAACCGAUGAAAGUUCAGCCAAUUCAGAGCCUGUAGCUGCUGAAGCCAGACCUAUAAAGGCCCCUUCAAAACCUGCACCUGUUUCUAGCGGGGAUGCACCAGUAGUAAAUGCUUUCAACCAACGAAAAAAUGAAGAAGAAGCUGCACAUCAAGUUUCGCAAAUCGAAGAGCGUAAACGCAAAUGGUCCAAAGUAUCGCCCAACCCAACUUCUGGAGCGUCUGGUCAGGGGAAAAACGUGCUUGUUAGCGUAUCGCAACGCGGAAAUCCACUAUUGGGUAGUCUGACCAAUACAAGCUGGCGCUAUGUAUCACCAUCUGGAGGAAACAAAAUAUAUUACGACUAUUGCGUUCAAGGUCGCAACAUAGUAUUCUUAUCGCUGAAAUACCACAAACUGCAUCCAGAGUACAUUUCUAAAAAGAUCCAGCCACUGGUGAAGCUCAAAAAUAAUGUUCUGAUAUGUGUCGUCGACGUGGAACACUCCGAAAACAUUCUCAAGGAUCUCAAUAAAGCAUGUAUGUUCAACGGAUUUGCACUUUUGCUUGCCUUUAACUUCGAGCAGGCUGCAAAAUAUAUUGUUUUCAUGAACAAAUGA